CAGGGACGAUGGAUGUGAUUUUGGCUCGUUUCAAAAAUUUAAUACUAGAAUUAAUUGAUGUCAUCUUUCUUCUCCUGUUGUAAAAGAAUAAGAUUACUACCCCGAAGAUGAAAAUGGCACAACUUUUCGCAGUUCUAUUCUAUAUUAACAUGUAGAAUAGGAAUGUGAAUAUCCAUUGUGAGCAGUUCGUUGUGUUUUCCACAAGGUACAACUUCAUUGUUGCUUUGGAGCUUCUUUUAUUGGAAUCAUGAUCGUGGACAUUUUUGGUAUCAUGAUCAUACUCCGUUUCAGAAGUCGUUGGCGCCUCGUUCUUGUUGUUUCCUGUCUGUUUGGUUGUUCGUCGUGGCCUUGUGCCGGUUUCUUUUCUUUCCAAUCAAACCAGGGCUAGGAAGGGUUAGUGGGUACUUGAUUGUUCAUUCUUGACUUGAUCAUCUAGUACAGAAUGGAGUAACGGCUGCGUCUGCAGUAAACAUUUCAAUAUCUUUGUUCUUCUUGUUUUUCCUAGAUAGGUUCCACGAUAAGUUCAGUUUCAGAGGUUUCAUCGUACUACUCCUCCACAUAAUUGACGAUUUAACUGAUGUCAGUGUCCUAGGAGAAUUCUGCAUAAGUCAUCUGAUGGGUGCCUCAGCAAAGUCAACUGCGGAUAUCCCUUGGUGUUGUUGUUUCUACAACAAACCACAGGAUCUUUUUCGCAGGAUCACAACGACAGGAGGACCUUGAUGACUUCUCCACGUGGAGAAAAAGGAUCAUACAGGUCGCUUCUUCUGGUCUAUGACGCUAGGGGCAAUAUCCGAUGGUUAUGCAUCUUCUAGUUCUUGUGUAAAAAAGUGUGUAGAAGCAAAACGAAACGCGAAGAAUAAGGCCACGCAGAUGAUUACAGGUAUACAUAACGAACGAACAAGAAUCAUUCGUCAACGCACCGCAUAG